GAGCGGAUUAUCUGUGGAUUUCUAUGUUUUUUUACUUGAAUCAGAAAAGUUGGAUCAGCUCAGGCAAGUUCGUUUGAUUCAUGGAGCGUCUUAAGUUAGUGCUCCAGUACUUCCAGUCCAACUCAGAGUCCAUCUCUAACGGGAUCUGCAUCGUCCUGGCUCUGGUCAGCGUCAAGCUCUACACCAGCUUUGACUUUAACUGCCCGUGCCUUCCUCAGUACAACAAGCUCUACUCUCUGGGAGUGAUGACGGUCCCGCCCAUCAUCUUUUUCUUCCUGGGGGUCCUCGUCAAUCGGCAUACCGGUGUCAUGAUGGACGAGUGGAUGAGGCCGGUUGGGAAUCGUUCCAAAAAUCCUGCGGUGGUGAAAUAUCUAUUCUCUGCCAUGAUCCAGAGGGCCCUGCUCGCUCCUAUGGUCUGGAUCCUGGUCACUUUGUUGGACGGCAAGAUCUUCAUCUGUGCUUUCAGCAUGAGUGUCGAUCCAGGCCUUUUCUCAGGUGUGCCCAACAACACAGGUCUGGAUAUGGUUAGGAUCAUGGCCAAGGUGCCCUGCAAAGAGGAUGUUAUUUUCCAGAACAGCUCGUUCCGUAAAGCGGUCUCCCGAUAUGUCCGCUGUUAUUCUCAAGCAGUUGGCUGGUCCAUCCUCCUAUUCCUGAUCAUACUGGGAGCGAUGGGGCGCCUUAUCAAACCCUGUUUUGAAGACCACGCUGCCUUCUUACAGACACGGUACUGGAGCAACUACCUGGACGUGGAGCAGAAGCUUUUUGACGAAACCUGUGUUUUACACGCGCGUGACUUUGCCCGCAAAUGUGUGGUGCAGUUCUUCGAGGACAUGACGGAGGACUCGAUACUUCGUCUUCCACAUCCGUCCUUCAUCUCCAAAGUCGGCGAGAGGUGGGAGGAAGAAGAGGAGAGGCUUCAUGGGGUGACAAAGCAGGAGCAGAUGGACCAGCUGCUCAACAAGUGGUACUACGGUAAACCUGAACUGGAUGUUACCAGGAUUGCACACAGACCCAGGCCGUGUGUCACCUGGCAGGACCCAGGAGGGAGGACUUUAUACUCAGAUGUUUAAGAUGCACUGCGGUGUUUUGGUGGCUGCUGUUUAUUGCUUCGUUUCAUUUUCUCCAUGGACGUAGGACCUUACAAUUAGGGCUGGGUAAUUUUAUCGAUUCUACAAUAUUUAUUGAUAUUUUUUUCCCUCAUAAAGUAUCGAUUUUCCAUCCGUGAGUAUCAAUACAUUAAGUCCUACUCAAAUCCACAUGUAUAUUAAAAAUGACAUGUAACAAAACAACCAGUUACAAUUAAAUUACAUUAUCUAAUGAAGGUGAAUAAGACAUAAAAAUUUUCCUUUUCUGUAUUUGGGUGGCAAAUACACAAAGCCACCCAAUUAACAUUUAAACUAAACGCAUAACAAAAGCAACAUUUAUUACACCUGUAUUACACCAUUAGUUCAGUUAAUUCAAUCCUAGUCUAUGGAACAGUCACAAAAUGUCACCAAAAUCACUCUGUCCCUCAAAAAUCUUUCAGAAUAUUGCAUAAAUGUAUUGAAUCGUACCAUUUACUGAAUAUCAUAAUAUUAUGAGCAGAAUAUUGUAUUGUAUCGUAUCAUAUUGUGAGAUUAGUGUAUCGCUACAGCCCUACUUAUAAUCGACCAGGUUGAAAAGAUCAAUUGGAAAACCCCUGAAUUCUAAGUGGGAUAUUUAAAUCAAUUAAUUGUCAUUAAUCCUGACUUAGAAAUCCAAUAUGUCUGUCACAACAUGCUAAUAACAUAUUUAAUUGCACUAUUGACGGUUUGUGUCUGAAUAAAUCUAUAGCACAUUGUACGUAAUCUGUAACAGGCUCCAUCAGUGAUAGAAUAAUAAAAAAGUCUUCGAUUUCAGAACCUUUUCCGGAUUCUUUUCACUAGGUUGUGUUAGUAAGACCUCGUUCUUCGUGCUCUGAGUCUGCUGCUGGGGACUCAGAGCUGGAACAGCUCCCCAAGAAAACAGCCUGAGGACCUCAACUCACGAAUGAGAGAAACAUAUAAUGGGAAACUGAUGUGGCAAAUAAUGGUCGUUAAAUGACUGUAUUUGAUCCUUGUUAUGGAUAUCAUGAUUCCGUGUCCUUCCUCUGUCUCUUGGUCAAAUUAAUGUUGAAGAGAUGUUGCAGAAUCACACAGAGCUGCUCUAACCCCUAAUCACAUAUUGAAAUUGAAGUAAAUGAAUAAAUCAAUGGAAACAGUAAUCACAAGGAGGAAAUAUCACCCCACACCAUGCAGUUCUUACACUCAACAAACUAAUGUCCUCAACCUGUUCUGUUUUGAGCUUGAACCAUGUCAAAAAUUGUCAUUUGAAUAUGUUUGUGGGUGUGGACAGAUAAACUUUGCAUGGAGGUUUUCUCACAAGCACAGAGUGAUGAGUGUAUGCAAAUGAACUCUGGACCAAACUGACUUCAUGUACUUGCACUGAUUUGUUGUUUGUUUUUUGUUGAGUUUGUUUUACGUGAUUACUGUGUCUUUCUGAUCGGUCAUCAACUCUGACUCUACCUCUGCACUACGUCUUGAAACUUGAUUUCAUUUUCUGCUUUUAAACAGAGACCAUAGGAUUGUUUUUCAAAGUAGUCGUGUAAUUGUUUUUACAGAAUGAAUGUUUGUAA